AUGGACGAAUCUAUCCGACCUGAAGCCGCGCAAGCAGUUGAUCUGCUAGACAGGCAUGACCGCGCCUGUGAGGACAAGGGCUACCGCCGCGUCCUCAAGAAACAGAACGAGAAAUGGCGCUAUGUGAACACUGAGUCCAAAGUCCUUAGCUUGAGGGAAAUGGUCUCAAGGGAGCUUGGACUCAAUGUUUCUGUCAGCCACCCUAGGCUUUGGUACCUACGGAUCACCGACAGCAGUGCUCCUAUGAAGAACUUUGGUACUCCUCCCGUCCCUCGCCCUGAUUCCCAAGGCCGGCUACCAGACGACGAGGACGCUGCCCGCUUGAAACAGCUGAUGUAUGAGCUUGAUCGUCUAUCCCGGCCGACUUGA